UAAAGCCUAGAGUUAUGAGUUACGACAGAGCGAGAGGACUAUGGAAUGAAGUAACUAACCCAAACCUAGUCCCCUUACUUGGCUCGCUGGUUGGAUUUGAUUCGACUCGAUUCUCGCUGAUGAAGAAGCAUUUGAUGCACAGCUAUGGCGUUGCCGUGAUUGUGGUGUUGGCUUUGAGUUUGAGUUUGGGUGCAUCAGCGGAACAACUCAGUUCACGAGAAUGCGAGAAUCUCGGUUUCACCGGACUCGCCUUGUGCUCCGACUGCAACACUCUCUCCGAGUACGUCAAGGACAAAGAGUUGGUAUCGGAUUGUUUCAAGUGUUGCACCGAAGACUCCAAUGAUGCCACUACCAAGAUUACGUACUCUGGAGCUUUGCUGGAAGUCUGCAUGAGGAAACUUGUUUUCUAUCCUGAAGUUGUUGGCUUUAUUGAAGAUGAAAAAGAUCAAUUUCCAUCAGUAAAGGUUCAAUAUGUUUUUAACUCUCCACCAAAGCUAAUUAUGCUGGAUGAGGUGGGUCAGCAAAAGGAAACAAUCAGAAUUGAUAAUUGGAAACGUGAGCAUAUACUACAGUUCCUGAGAGAGAAGGUGAAGCCUCUAGCGUCUGAUUGAGAAUCUUUAACCCAUUCUCUGGCAUGCUCUGGACUCGUUCCCAUUUAACAGAAAAGAGUGGGAGUAUAUAGUGUGGCUUAGACAAGUGAAUUAAACUUGCCCUGGGUUACAAGUGACCUUAAUAACAUAAAAUCAUCAUAAUUUGGUCAGUUUAGAUAAUUCUGGGUUUUGACAAUUGAUUUCAAUACGACGUUUUCCUUUUUCCAGAUUUUAUGGCAGUUGUAAGAUGAUGUAUAAACUGCAGUAUUGGAGUUGGAGACAAGCAUGUUUCAGUGUUUAUCAGUGAUAAUGCAGGAAUAGAUAAUGUAAUUUGUUUUUAAAAAAAAAACCAACUAACUGUCAUGUUAUUUUUCUCAAUUAAUUACUGUUUCCGAGAGCGUCAA